AUGACUGGGGUGAACUUGUUUCGGUCAAAGUGGAAGCUGGUGCUGAGUGCUUUCCUUAUUUGUAUCGUAAUCUCCGAAUUAGCUCAUUGUCAUAAAGAUGCUCAAGAACAGGGGAGGAGUCCCGGGAAGAAACCCAAGUCUGGAAAACCUAAACUGGCCAAAGCGGCAAAGAAAGGAACCAUGGCUGUGAAAACCAAACCAAUGGUGAAAGCACCAAGUCAGACCUUGCUCACACAGGUUAUAAACAAAGGUAAAUUCAUAAAAUUGGGAGAGACUAUAAGUGUGAACGCUGGAGCUCCUCUAGAGUUGAGGUGCAAGGGUAAACCUGUGCAGUGGAGCGUCCCGUCAUACCUGGAGGAGGAUGAUGAUGGCCGACUCAGGUUUGUUCAGCAUGAAAGAUAUGGCGCGCUGACACUAGUAAACACUACAGGUGCAGACACAGGGGAGUACACCUGCUACCCUAUGUUCUGCGAGGACACAGAUUGCAGAAAGAACUAUGAAAAGGCUGCUAAAGUCUUUGUUUUCUUCCCUGACCCACAGGAGCUUUUCGUCCCAACGUCUGAUUACUAUGAGGUAAUUCAGUUGCGCACCAACUGGCCGACCCGUCUGCCCUGCCAGGUAACGUCACCCGCAGCCAAUGUGACACUGCACCGUGAGUUCCCGCCAGUGGAGGUGGCAGUGGAUGGAACGGAAAUCUCUUUCAACGUGAAGAAAGGUUUCACCAUCCAUCGACCACGGCCCUAUCAUGCCGGGGCGUUGUACUGUGUGGCCAGCCUGGGUGGCCUGAGGCAGAGCUCCACCAAGUACAUGCUCAUCUAUGUCAAUUACCCAAUGGCUCCCCCUGCUCCAGUGAUCCAGGCCAGUUCGAGCUCUUUGGCUACUGGUGAAAAUCUUCGUGUCAGCUGUACUGUGAUGGGAGAGAAAAAUAUGGCAGUAGAGAUCACAUGGGACUACCCUGGACAACAGAUAGGAAGGCCUCAGUACACGCUCGAGAGCAUCAAUCCAGUCACCGGGGGUGCAACUGGACAACAGACUCAGUCCAUUCUCCUGGUGGACGAGGUGAGAGACGUGGACCAAGGAGUAUACACAUGCACGGCCGAGAACCUACAAGGAUCGAAAUCAGUAUCCACAACAGUCAAAGUGCUUCACAAAGCAAAGCCUACAAAACCUUGA